AUGACGGACGAGACCGAAAGCUGGCUCUUCAUUCUGAUCCUCCUGCGGCAGGGUCGUGUUGACCACGCAUGGGAACCUCUCCUACAAGGCCCGCCUGUGACGGUAUGGCGCAGGCUGAUUCCCGGCACCAAUGUGCACGACUACUUUGCCACAGGAGAGUUUUCGGAUAUCUCCGCAUCGGCUUACAACACCACGUUCAGUCACCUGCCAUUCAGGGCUUCGUGGGAUGACUCGGUCGUCGAAAUUCGCGUCUUGGAAGUGAAUGCGGUGGAACACGGUAGUAGCACCGUGCCUGUUGUCGGCAGUCAUGAUAAUACGCCCAGCGACGAGGCCAACUAUGUUCGGGUGCGGGGCAGGAGAGACACGACUGCCAAGAAAGAAGCGGAGAACACGGAGGCAGACGAUGGGGUCGGCUCCCAGAAGAACCCUGAGGCCUCCCGUUCGGAUUCGGACGACGAUGUAGAGGAGAUCAUUUACUGGCGCGUGAAGCUGCCGUGGCCACUCAUCGAUCGCGACUUUGUCUAUGCUCGCCGCUUCCGCAUGUACCCUGAGAGCCAUGCCAUCGUCUCGGUCCAACAGGCGACGGAGUCACCGCAGUGCCCCGAGGGGCCUCAGGCUGUCCGCGUGGAGAGUUACAAUUCCACCGUGGUUCUUUUUGCGGAUAACAACGAGAACGACAUCAACAAAAAAGGUGUUUCCUACGUGUUCUAUCACUUCGACGCAAGCUCGACACCCGUACCCCCGUGGGUGAAGAGCUACUUUACUUCGCAUACUUUACCCCGUACCAUCGCUGCUCUUCAUGACACAGCGAAGGCGCUGGUUGGGGACGACGGCACGAUCGCGCCAGACGCAUACGCAGAUCUUCAGAAGACCUUGAAAUUCCAUGAUGUUCAUCGGGGAACGGACCUAGACGAAGAAGCCGACGAGGUAGGACCAGAAUCAUGUGACAACGAGAGCUGGAAUACAGAUACUAUGGACGACUCUCGUGUGCAUGGUGGUGAAUCCAGAGGGUCUCCUGGAAGCGCAACAAAUACGGGAGAAACAGAAAAACAUCCACCGUGUGCGGGCGACGAGGUUGACGAUGGCUUCAAGAACUCACCUGAGGGUCAGCUCUCUGAAUCCGAACCCAAAACGUCCAAAGCAUUUAGACGGCCAGGAAAAGAAAGGUCACAGGACAUCCACUGUAAGGAAAGUCGCAAUCUCGGUGCCAGCUCUAAAGCUGGCCGCUUGUCAGAGGCGCUUGGUUCUGGGCGUGACAGCAGCCAGGAGGUGUGCAUAGAGAGCUGUCAAGGAACGGCAAAGCCGCAGAAAGACUACACCGAAGCGGCGAGUGUUUCUGAUGAAAAUGCUAUUGCCCGCGCCUACAAGGAAAUCUGGAAAGGCGCUCCUUGUUCCCCGACGUCGUUUGUGGCGGGAGCGGGGUGCGCGUACCCGCUGCACCCGGAGGCACGGUCAGGCUUUCGCGGCCUGAUGGCAUGCGUCGGUUCGUGUAUGGGGAAAAUUCGAGUCUACAGAGAUAAGAUGAUGCAUUCGCGCGUGGCGGCGAUCCUGCAACGGGACUGUGAUUCAUCUGGCCUCUCAAACUCGACAAAGCCCACUGACGAAUGCCGAUCCACGCCCGUAUCCGGAACCAGCCCGUCUUGGUGUAGGCCAAGCACAGGCGCCUUUGUUGAGACUGCAGCUUUAAGGUCGCACACGAGUACGGGACUCGCAUCGGAGGUCCUUUCGCGUAAUUCGCCAGCGGUGAGAGCAGCACGAGCGUUGUCUGUCAUUUUGGAUGCCCAUCAAGAGGCAGAGCAUAGUUCUCUGGCGAUGCGGCCAUCUUUGGCAUGGCCGUGGUGGCGGUAUGACCGGUCGAGGAACCGGAAAGUCGAGUUUUUUUGUGAAAAACAGUCGAGACUGUGCUACUCGUGCACCGGCCGCACCAUGCGAUGCUCUUAUCCAGGGGAAAAAGUCGCUAGACGGGACGGCGGUGCGUGGGACAAUGACAACCCGCUUUCUUUUCGAGAGAGAUUGAGACGGGCAGGUGUUCUGAGUUUGCGGACAUAUGCCGCCGUUGAGGCGUUGCGAUGGGCCGCGCGAUUGGGUGUGGACCCGUGGAGAGAUGCAGGGGAACUGAAAGGGGAAAUGGAGAAACAUGAAGCAUCGGAGAAAGGGUCAGGUCUUGGGAAUACCAGGAGGAGCAGUUGGAUAGAUGAACUUUUAGUUGAUGUUCGGGAGGAUCUGUGGCCUGACGCCAUUUUAUCGUCUGUUCCCCUUCAUACGGUGCGCAGAAGUCCAGGGUAGGAAAACGGGACACUCAAUUCCAACGCAAUGGAAACCCGUGUGAAUGUAUGCCUCUCCUGAGGUCUUACGCAAGCGGUGGCUCUUUGGAGGCCGACGGUGUUUCUGCACAGAGUCUCGGGAGUGAAACUCUCAAGACCCUUAAAGAAGAGGGCUGACGUCGUACUGUAUCUGCAACAGUAACUGAUGUAGGGCAUGUGUUUGUUGCUGCUGAUAGCUUUCCGAAGGUAGCGCCUGUAGGGACACGUGCAUUUCUUUGUACCGACGCCGUUGUCUGCGGUGAACGACAACCGGCUCCUCUCUAGCGCAUGCAUUUCGUGACUACUUGCAUAAGAAUAAUAAAUUCUUGACCCCCCACUCAGGGAAGCCAAUAAUAUAUCUUAUACUGUAGAAUCACAGGUACUGCGCCGUCUAAUGGGGGUACGAGGUCCGCUGUCAAAGAGAGCGCGACCAUUACGACAUAGUAACCCACCACUGUAGGUAUCCGUCACAACAAGCGUGUCGGCGCACAAUGGGCGAAAAUUCGUGGUGAAUGGAAUAUAAAGGUCGUCCCUCCGUUUUACGAGGUCUCCUUUGUGGGUAUCAUCGCAUCGAGACAAAAAGAUCCCCCGAGCGUUCCAAAGGUUCAGAAAUUAGCCUGUGAGACGGUUAUGUGGUUACCUAUAAGGUUACUGGUUUCUUGCAAGCCAGAGAAAUAGUGUUUUUCUUCCCCAGCGGGUAACUCUAGAAUUCUCUGUUCCAUUUUCUCCACGAUCCAGCUCCAAGUUUCGUUCAGGUGGAUGUGUGUUGUUCGCGACAGUGUAUAUUUGGUAUAUACUGCCCACGUUGCACUCUGGCUGACGGUAGCGAAACGUUAAAACAGCGGUACGUUUUCCGGCAGGUCUUGUCUCCAUGUACGGGGAGGAGUCCUACCCGCAAGCGUGACUGAGCGACAAACCCUGGGAACGAAUUCUUUACGGUGUCCGCUUGAAAUGUGAGAUACGAGAAUCCGCCGCGAACACGGGAAAAUUGAAUUGCACCACUUUAUCUGUGUUCAGUACGCGCGUGAUUGUUGCAGUAUUCAAACCGCGACUGAACUCACCUAUCGCAUCCCUCCAGCACUUAUUUCUACGGAAAGAAACGUAGUGCGUACAUGCCCCAACAGACGCACGAUACAGAAUGGUCGUUCCAUGGUCUGCGAGGUGACCGUUGUCGACUUCAGGGAAUAUACGAAAGACAAAGACACCGUAGCUAUACGACUGGAGCUCUUGUGUGCAUGACGGAAUUGAGUUCGGUGCUCUAGUACUAUACUUGACAUUGCAUCGCGAAGCCGGAACGUGCGACGAAAUCCCUCUGUACUUUUCCGUUCUUCGGUCCCUGGACGCAGUCACACGACUUCACGCUACAGCAUAUUUAUUUGUAUUGACUGGCACAGCAUAACGUGUGGAAAAACAAACUGGAUAGCCAUCACGGGUAUUAUACUUCACGUACAGCCAGGCUCAAGCUGUGUCCGUAACGAGGAAAUACCCCGGUUCUUAGGCAAGAUCUGGAGAUACGCAUAGCGAGAGACCAUUCACAUCUAGAGCCGACAAGGCACUACUCCUUGAGUGGCAGUCAACCUGAGUUCUCUGAGGAUUCACAUCCGGCAUUUGAGAGUCUUCUCUACGAAUAUUCGCAAGAUGGCGGUACACGCACAUUGCCCGCAGGCGACGAGAUGUGCUUCUCCUUCAAGAAGACCGCCCAAAAGUGGAAGACCCGCGGAGCGGGACACCCGUUCAUCACCAUAGGACCAGGAUUAUCGGCCCACUCUUUACAGAAGGAACAACAAUGAACGGAGUGCUUCGAAAGUCC